UAAAAAAACGAAGAGGCACCAUUUUCUCUUCCUACUUACAAAUGGCGGAAAAUCCAAAGGAAAUGGAGAAUCCAGAGGAAGUGAAGCUCCACAGUGCGUUCUUGGCAGAUUUUGGGGCUAUUCAUCAGGAACUUAUGGAUCAAGAAGCCAAAACGGCGCAAGCUGAAGCUGCAGCUGCUGAGAUGGCAGAGACAUUGAAGCUUGAACUUGUUUUGCCUAUUACCUACAUGCAGGAAGCUAAGGCACUCUCAAAGCUCCAUGAGGAGUACGAAUUUAAGGGUUCUGUGGAGCUCCUCCACCAGGGUCUUUCCAUGGCUGAGAGGAGAGAAUUAUUGGAGGUCGCUAAAGCCUACAUGCUCAAACUCAGUAACUGAAAAAAAAAAAAAAAAAGGGUGGAAAAUAUUGGAGCAACUUUCACUUGGAGUUUGGAAAUGGAAGCUCUUUUGUAAUUACUUUAGCUUGUAAUACUAAUGUUCAAUGAUCUGGAGAUAUCUUAGCUAUUUUAAGUAAACUAUGGAUGUUAGACUACUGAUCUUGAUAUUGAGUAGGCAGUGAUAGAUUUUUAGCUUU